AGUUAUCUAUCAUUUGUGAAACCAUUAACAGAUAAAUGCAAUCAUAGCUUAAGGGCUGUUUUACAGAGACAUACUGUGAUAGUGUAGUACACUGUAGGCAAUACUGUCGUCAAAACCAGCUUUUAUUAAUCUGCAAUUGAGUUGCACUUAGUUUUAGCAUUACUUACGAUACCUUAGAUCAGUGAGGACUCAAAUAUUUUAAUAAGUAUUUUAUUAUUAUUAUUGAUUAACCUGUCAUUUGGUAUAUUGAAGAUGCCGUGUCCUUUCAUAAGUCAAUUGUCGACACCAUUUCUAUUAAGGAAUUCCGCAACAUUGGUGCGGACAUACCUACCCGUAUGCCCCGUAAUGUCUAACAUAUCAACAAACUUUACGCGAAAAUAUUCAGACUUUACUAUAAAUUCAACUGAAAAUAUUGAGAGUGAAUUGAUAUCCAAUACGAUAAACAACAAUUAUAAUUCAGUUGAAUCAACUAAUUGUCCAUUUUUGGAGGCAAUUAAACCCACUUUAAAAGAAGCCGAUCCUGAAGUAGUCAGAGAUAUCAUCGAUGAGAGCAAAAAUAAUGGUUUCAAAUACGAACAAUUCUUUCGUCAUUUGAUCCAUAAGAAGAAGUCUGACCACAGCUAUAGAAUCUUUAAGAAAGUUUUGCGUUUUGCUGAUAGAGUUCCCUUCGCUAAUGAGUUUACCAAUGGUUGCAAACCUAUAACAGUUUGGUGUAGUAAUGACUACUUAGGAAUGACAUCUCAUCCGGCGGUUAAACAAUCCGUAAUAGAAGCGGUUGAAAAACAUGGUUCAGGAAGUGGUGGCACUCGUAAUAUAUCAGGCAAUACACCACUUCAUGAGGAAUUAGAGAAAGAAUUAGCAGAACUUCAUCUCAAAGAAUCUGCACUUUUGUUUACUUCUUGUUUUGUGGCAAACGAUUCCACAUUAUAUACAUUGGCUAAAGCAUUGCCCGAUUGUCAUAUAUUCUCUGACGCCGGUAAUCACGCGUCUAUGAUUCAGGGGAUCCGUAACAGUCAAGUGCCUAAACAUAUCUUUAGGACAUGUGAUGCACAACAUCUCAGAAGUCUAUUACAAUCAGUUGACUAUUCUUUGCCUAAGAUUGUUGCGUUUGAAACGGUCCACUCUAUGACAGGUGCCAUUAGUCCUAUUGAAGAGUUAUGUGAUAUCGCACACGAAUAUAAUGCCAUCACAUUUGUGGAUGAAGUUCAUGCAGUGGGUCUCUAUGGAAAAAAUGGAGCGGGAAUUGGACAGAGAGAUAAUGUGAUGGAUAAAAUUGAUAUUGUGUCCGGCACUUUGGGAAAGGCAUUUGGCAAUGUUGGCGGUUAUAUAGCAGCAAAUGCAUCACUAGUUGAUAUGAUCCGUAGUUAUGCCGCCGGCUUUAUAUUUACCACAUCAUUGCCUCCAAUUGUAUUAUCCGGUGCUCUCACAUCUGUGCGGAUAUUGAAAGGAUUGGAAGGAAAGAAAUUGCGGGAUAAACACCAGGAAAAUGUCAGUUAUAUGAAGAAAACUCUUUCUAAGGCAGGUCUGCCACAGAUGUCGAGUCCAAGUCAUAUAAUUCCAAUACUUGUUAGAAACCCGUGGAUGUGCUCCUGGAUUAGCAAUGAAAUGCUCUCCAAAUAUGGUCAUUAUGUUCAAGCAAUUAACUAUCCGACAGUUGCUAAGGGACAGGAAAGACUGCGUAUAGCGCCGACACCUUUUCACGAGAAGCAUAUGAUUGAUAAGUUUGUCGAUGAUAUGCUUCAUGUCUGGAAAGAUACAGGUCUUCCCUUAAAUCAAGAUUUAUGUGAUUCCAAAAAUUGUUUCUAUUGUAAUAAACCGCUUGACAUCUCUUUUGAUGGACUUCCUUGUGGUGCACAACAAGGAUGUCCUCAAUUGGCCGUCAAUGCAUAA